GGAGAAGAAGAUCAUCCAGUUCUCUCUCUCUCUCUCUUCGCAAGGCAAGACACAUGGUAAGAUAAAAAAGUCUCUUAGUUUUACACACACCUUACACUGAUUUGCUCGUCCUUCUAACAUUUGUUUAGUUGUUAGAUCCUAGUACCACUGUUUGCCGUAGUAUUGUACUUCUAAUUUGGAUUCUUUGUAUAGAUUACUUUCUCUCUCUUCUCCAUUAAACGCGUCCCGGGAUCGAUUCCAGUGUUAAGCAGGUGGAAAGUUCUUGGUUCGAUUCCCGCCCAAAUGGCGUCCCGCCGGUGGGAGUAGGGUUUUAGGGGAUUUGGCGAUGGAGCGCUGCCUCAAGGAUUAUUUUGGCUAUUCAUCGUUUCGUCCGUUUCAAAAGGAGGUGAUACAGCAGAUAUUGCGUGGGAGGGAUUGUCUUGUUGUGAUGGCUACUGGCAGCGGCAAAUCGAUCUGCUACCAAAUUCCGCCCCUCGUGAGCAGCAAAACCGCCGUUGUUAUCAGCCCCUUGAUCAGUUUGAUGCAAGAUCAGGUAAUGGGGCUGAAGCUACGUGGUAUCAAAGCGGAAUACCUGGGCAGUGCUCAGACUGAUAAGACUGUAGAAGAUAAAGCCGGAAGGGGAGAGUAUGAUAUCCUUUACAUGACUCCAGAGAAGGCCUGUGGAACUACGUGGACCUCGCUGCUGAGUCGUGGUGUUUCUUUGUUGGCUGUUGACGAGGCGCAUUGCAUCUCAGAAUGGGGACACGACUUCAGGCCGGAGUACCAGCGGCUUAGUUCGAUCAGAUCGAAGCUUCCCGAGGUUCCAUUCGUUGCACUGACUGCCACCGCCACACAUAAGGUGCGGGAGGACAUAUUAAAAUCGCUCAUGCUUAAAAAUGCCUACAUAGCCGUUUCUUCGUUUGAUCGGUCAAAUAUCUUCUAUGGUGUGAAGCCAUUGACUAGGUCCAAUGCCUUCCGCGAAGAGCUUGCCACUGAAGUUGUGAAGGACUUAGAACAGGGAGGCUCCACUAUCGUGUAUUGCAACACUAUCAAGGAUGUAGAUGAGGUCACAAACGCCUUGGUGAAAGCAGGUGCCGCUGCACGAGCAUACCACAGCAAGCUCGGACUCAAGGAAAGGAACGAUGUUCACAGGACUUUCCUGAAAGAUGAACUUCAAGUUGUGGUUGCGACUGUUGCCUUUGGAAUGGGCAUUGAUAAACCGGAUAUACGAAGAGUGAUACAUUAUGGCUGUCCAAAAUCCUUGGAGUCUUAUUACCAGGAGAGUGGUAGGUGCGGUAGAGAUGGUUUGCCAUCAGCAUGCUGGCUAUAUUUUACGCGUGCUGACUUUACGCGAGCGGAAUAUUACACUUCGGAAGUUCGCACGCAAGAACGGAAGAAAGCGGUGGCAGAUGCCUUCGCAGCUUCGCAAGGAUAUUGCACAACGACAACCUGCCGGCGGAAAUUUAUUUUGCAAUACUUCGGGGAGUUUACAAAGAACGACAACUGUGGAAACUGUGAUAACUGUACCAAGACUGCUGCUCAACGGCGCGAUAUGGUGCAGGAGGCUUACGCAAUUUUGGCAGCUGUCAAAUUAUGUGGAGGCUUUUGGGGGAUGAAUAUGCCUAUUGAUGUUUUAAGAGGCUCUCUUGCUAAGAAAGUCGUGGAGCGAGGUUACGAAAAGCUUCAUGUUCAUGGCCUCGGUCGCGAAAAGACUGCUACUUGGUGGAAAGCGCUUGGAGAUCAGCUUCUAUCCUUGGGUUAUUUAAGAGAGACGCGAGAAAAAUUCAGGACUGUGAGCGUGUCACAGAAGGGACAGCGGUUUUUGGAGGAGCUGCCGAAUGGAGCAUCACUUGUAUUACCUGUCACGGAGGAAAUGCUUCGAGAAGAGAAAAGUAGUGCACCUGAUACGGCUACUGCGAGUACGCCAGGGCCCACUUUGAAUGGAUUGCCGGAGGUGGAAAUGAAAUUAUUUAAGGCACUCAUAGACUUGAGAGCGGAAAUUGCUGACAAGAGUUCAACUGCCCCAUACAUGAUAUGCAACGAGCGGACCUUGCAGAGGAUCACAAACACUAGGCCUUCGAAUAUCGUACGUUUACGAAAUGUCGAAGGCAUAAAUCAGUGGCUUGUUACGGAAUAUGGUGAAGCAUUUCUCGAGUGCGUUAAGCGCAUUUGUCAAGAAACCGGAUUGGAACAAGACAAGGAAAGCAUUGUGCAGAAGGCUGCUGCUUCUAGGACCUCGGAUCGGUCUAUGUUGACUCCAGCAAAGUCUGAAGCAUGGAGCAUGUGGCAUGAAAAGAAAAUGUCAUUCUUUGAGAUUGCGAAUCUUCCGGAGCGUCCUAGGCCAAUUAAAGAAGAUACAGUUAUUGAGUACAUAUUAGAGUGCCUUCGUGCUGGAUGCGAAGCUGAUUGGAGUCGCUUCUUCGACGAGACAGGCAUGACUACUUGCAUUAGAGAACAGAUUCGAGCUGCAAUUGGUAAAGUGGGAUCGAGAGAGAAGAUGAAACCUCUGAAAGAGAAUCUACCAGAAACGGUCUCUUAUGCUCAUAUCAAAAUCUAUUUACUUGCGGAAGAACUAGGAGUGGAUUUGGGCCUUAGUCCUAACGUGGAUACUCAAGACCGCAAUGUCGAGGUUAUAGAUCUCGAUGAAGAACCGCGCAACGAAUCCAUAGACCGUCCUCCAUGGCUCGACAUUCGUACUAAAACUUCGACAAAGCCGAGACGUUUAGACGUGGAGGAACUGGCGAAUGGCGAGUGCAAGAAGAUGCGCACUGCCGAAAGCAGGCAAGCGACGGACGAAGGUAUAAUGGAGUGGCUCCUUUCACGUGAUGGGGCCACCCUGAAGGAAAUCAGUUCCCGGUUUUCUGACACAGACGUAAGUGCCAUAUUGACACUUCUAAAGGGCCUGGAGGAAAGUUUUUCAAUCUACGAAAAGGAUGGUGUAUAUUGCAGAAUGUAGUCUAUGUACAAAUCGCCUUGUAAGUGUUCUCCCUGUGUAACUAAGACAGGUGCAUCUA